ACUCACCUCGUUUAGAUGUAUUUUUCUACUGGUUUGUUUAUGACGCGGCUCGCUGACUCCGUUAGGCUGACAGCUGACCAAGUGUUUGUCGUUGUAAAGACGCGCUUUUUGGUGUCUGCUUUCAUGGAAGAUACUUUUCUGUGAGCCAGAUAUCUUUAAAAGAGCGCAGAAAGCUAGUUAGCAGCAGUGAGUGUUGGCCAGUCAUACGACCAGAUAACGUUUGUUAGCCUAGCAGUAGGUUUAGCUUACUGUAACGUUAUGGCGUGACAGGAAAAAUGGUUGUUUGACGACGCCUGGGCCAAGCCUUUUUUUGAUUAUAACACUAAUAUCGAAAAGGCAGGAAAUAGAGAGACGGACGCAUGUGUCUAACACCUAACUCAUUCGCGGGUUAGGCUUUUAGACAGCUGCCUGGCGUCUAACUUAGACUAGCUAGCGAGCUAAAUUAACGUUAGCAUGGCGUCAGAUACAAGUGACACCGAGGAAUUCUAUGAUGCUUCCGAGGACGUUAAUUUUUCUCCAUCUCCAAAAGUGUCACCCUCAAAGUCUCUCAUUCCUUCGCCUCAGCUUUCACAGAGAUCAGUAAAUGCUGCACAAGAUGUGAGCUGUGGAGUGGCCACAUCUGAGACUCAGCAAGAUGAUUCCCUACAGAUCAUUGAUAGCAUCAUUGAGGAGAGUCAAAAGGGAAAUGUUGGUGAGGUGGCUCAGCUGUUAGAUCAGCUUCAUGUUGAUGUAAGAGUGGAGCCGGAGCCAAAGGAAGAGAAUAAUGCUCAGGAAGUUCCCGUGGAGCUAGCAGCGCCAGCUGUUGAACCUCAGCUUGUUGAGAGGCCAGAGGAACAACCGGAAAGUGCAGCAGCAAACGGAGCAUGCUCUAUACCUGCCCCUGAACCCACCGAUGUCCCAGGGCUAUCAGUUGGAACACAAGAACGUGUUCAGCCCCCGGAUAUCACCAGCACCAUAAGACAGGGUCAGCCUGAUGGUGCACUUGUGGGUACAGAAGGGGAGCAGGAGCAGAGACCUGCAGACAUCUUAGACCAGGUCCCUUUUACAGAAAGGCCAACUGACUCAGACUCAUCUGGGCCUACCAAACCCCCACGGCAAUUCACAGUGGAACCAGACAUUGUAGCCAGCACCAAGAAGCCUCCUCCCUCACGACCGCCCCCUCCCAGCGGAGGUCCUCCACCAAGACCACCUCCACCGUCCUGGCAGAGUCUACCUUCCAAGAAGUCUCAGGAGUGUCUGAGGCCAAGUGGACUUGAAGUGUCUGCAGUCAGUGGUGAUGCUCUAGAGCCCUCAGGCCUCGUGUCUCCUAGCAGCACAGUGAGGAGUCUAACCAAAGAGCUGCAGCAUUCCUUGGAUCUGGCCAGUGCCACCAGUGGGGACAAGGUGGUGACAGCACAGGAGAAUGAGGACGAACAGGCCUCAUCUCAGAGUGGAGGACAAACUCCAGGCCCUCAGCGUCCACGCUCCAACUCUGGUAGAGAAUUGACAGAUGACGAAAUCCUGGCCAGUGUAAUGAUUAAGAAUCUGGACACUGGGGAAGAGAUCCCUCUAAUCCAGGCAGAAGAGAAACUUCCUGCCGGGAUUAACCCCCUCACUCUGCACAUCAUGAGGAGGACCAAGGAGUACAUCACGAAUGAUGCUGCACAGUCAGAUGAUGAUGACAAGUCUCAGACUCCGCUUGCAGACACAGAUGGAGGAAAACUGAAACAGAAAACAACGCAGUUUAAAAAAUUCCUGGGCAAGUCUGUGAAGAAGGCCAAACAUCUCGCUGAAGAAUAUGGAGAGAAGGCAGUCAACAAAGUGAAAAGUGUACGUGAUGAAGUUUUCCAUACAGAUCAGGAUGAUCCAUCAUCAAGUGAUGAUGAAGGGAUGCCUUACACCAGGCCUGCCAAGUUCAAGGCAGCACACAGCUUCAAGGGUCCCUUUGACUUUGAUCAGAUUAAGGUUGUGCAGGACCUGAGUGGAGAGCACAUGGGGGCCGUUUGGACGAUGAAGUUCUCUCACUGUGGGAGGCUGCUGGCAACCGCGGGUCAGGAUAAUGUGGUUCGCAUCUGGGUCUUGAAGACUGCCUUUGACUACUUCAAUAACAUGAGAUUAAAGUACAACACUGAAGGUCGAGUUUCGCCUUCUCCGUCUCAAGAAAGUUUAUGCUCCUCUAAAUCUGACACUGAUGCUGCGGCAAGUUGUGCUCCAGAGGACCCAGAUACAGAGGACAGGAAUGCCCCUUUCCGUCAAGUCCCCUUCUGCAAGUACAAAGGUCAUACAGCUGAUCUGUUGGACUUGUCCUGGUCAAAGAACUUUUUCCUGCUCUCCUCUUCCAUGGAUAAAACAGUCAGAUUAUGGCACAUAUCCAGGAGAGAGUGUCUCUGCUGCUUUCAGCACAUUGAUUUUGUCACGGCCAUCGCUUUCCAUCCCAGAGAUGACAGAUACUUUCUAAGCGGCUCUCUGGAUGGAAAGCUACGGCUCUGGAACAUUCCGGACAAGAAGGUGGCACUUUGGAACGAGGUGGAUGGCCAAACACGCCUCAUCACUGCUGCCAACUUCUGCCAAAAUGGGAAAUAUGCAGUAAUUGGCACCUAUGAUGGCCGAUGCAUCUUCUAUGACACAGAGCGUCUGAAAUACCACACCCAAAUACACGUGAGGUCCACCAGAGGCAGGAACAAAGUUGGACGAAAAAUCACUGGUAUUGAACCUUUACCUGGAGAGAAUAAGAUUUUGGUGACCUCAAAUGAUUCCCGCAUCCGCCUUUACGACCUGAGGGACUUGUCUCUAUCCAUGAAAUACAAGGGUUACGUCAACAGCAGCAGCCAGAUCAAGGCGAGCUUCAGCCAUGACUACUCCUUCAUAGUCAGUGGCUCGGAGGAUAAGUACGUGUACAUCUGGAGCACUUACCACGACUUGAGUAAAUUCACAUCUGUACGACGGGACCGCAAUGACUUCUGGGAAGGGAUUAAAGCACACAAUGCAGUGGUCACCUCAGCCAUUUUUGCGCCCCACCCAGGCCUCAUUGUUCCACAAGAGACAGGGGUAGAGAAACCAGAAGCAGAGUGCAAGAGCCUGGACUCCACAGACUCUGAAACAAUACCCUCAGGUGCCCUAAAGACAGAUCACACAGAGGUUCUACUCUCUGCUGACUUCACUGGAGCCAUCAAGGUUUUCAUCAACGUAAAAAAGUACUGAGCACCUCAGAGGUUGUCAUCUCAUCUCAUUCAGGCCUGUCUGUCGGACAUCAGUCCUAAAGAUGAAGGACAUUCAGUCAGGGGCCAUCUAAUCUCACCUGACUACCUAAUGGUUAUUGCUUUGAGACAAAGAGCUGUUUGCAGCUUUUUCGGGAGAACAGGGACCCUAAAAUGGAAGAUGAGGGAAUAGAUGGAAGACAUGGACUGUACAAAGCAGACAGGGUGCGAUUCCCUGUCAUAUUUCUAUUUUUUAUCUUUAAUACCAAGCGACUGUGAAUGGCUUGGCAUUCAUAGGAACCGGAAAUGCCGAGUGUAUGCGGACACUAAAACUGUUCGGAUUUGUGUAAAUUUACAGCUGUAUGGUCAAACCUCAUAUAGUUAGAAAGCUACUUGUAAUAGUAUGAGCACCUUACUAGUUUCUUUUGCUCCCACAUAUCAGAAGUUAAGUCCUCAGAAGUGCAAGACACUGUCCUAACUGUAAGUCACAAAUUUUAUUGUGUCUUGUGUGUUAAGAGAUGUAACCAUUUGUCUGGAAAACAAGGUGAUUUGAAAUGUCAUUUACCAAUUAUUUGUGCCUAUAAAAUCUAGAUUCAUUUUCUAAAUUCUUCAACUUCUCAAGAUUUCCUCUAAAAUAUGAAACAUUUCAGCUGAUGACAGCAAACUGACGGUACAGGAAAUCUGUAUAUGGUUACUAAUGAUUAGGGCUGGGUAUCUUAACUUUUCUUUCAGAUACAAUACUGACUCUUCAGUACUUUUGAUACAUUUCUCUGAUCAAUGAAAGCACAUUUCAUUCUAUAAAAGGACUGUAAAUUUACUGUGUAACAUUGCAUACUUACUGCUUUUGUAAACAGAACCAAAUGAUGCUAUAUUAAUUUCCUCAAUAAAAAUGAAUGCUUGUUUAUAA